UGGCCUGCAGUUGUCAAAAGAUCUGCUGACACUUCAGGCAGAGAGAAGACAAACUGUUCGAGAAACAGAAUGACUGAAUUCAGAUCAGUUCAGCUGUCUUUAUGUCUGAUUCUGGCACUAAAGUUUACAGUAACAAAGCAAAGUUCUUCUUCUGUCAUUGUGAGAGGAGGGGAUGAAGUUGUGUUGGCCUGUGAAAACAUGAUGGGUCCGAUUAAGUGCUUACGGAUCCACUGGCUCUUCAGUAAAUUAUCACAAGGAACAGCACUAACUCUGGUUAAGUUUGGUCACCCUAAUCAAACUCAGGCUGCCAGAGAAAAAGCAGACAGACUGAGAGUUUCAUCAAACUGCUCUCUGAUAAUUCAGAAGGUCAGCGCUGCCGACGUUGGGACAUAUUACUGCCAACAAGUUCAAGAGCAGAUGGAGCUCAUACACACCGUCGCUUUGUCUCUGGUUAACAUUACUGAACAGAAAGAUGAUGAAGAGGUGACGCUAAAUUGUUCUGUUAUACCAAAUGAUCCAUGCAAACACAAUGUGAAGUGGCUUUAUCAAGGUCAAAAUAUUGAUAAACAUAAUACAAAUCUAGAGACAAAAUACUCUCUUUGUGCUGCUGAAGUCACCUUUAAGAGUUUACAUUAUGUUUAUGAGCCGGGCCGUUAUAAUUCACUGCAAUGUGCCGUAGAAGAGUCUGGAGGAAGAAAGCAGCAGCGGUUUCCCUUCAGAGCUGAAACUCCAGAGAAGAAAAAUAAAAGACCUGAAGACAAUGAGGCAGAACCACCAUCUGGUAUGUGGUGGUUGUACAUCGUCAUAGUUGUCGUUUUGGCAGCUUUGCUGUUAGCUGUUGGGUUUUUCAUGAAAAGGAAGAAAAAUAAAGGAAAUAAAACACGAGUGAACUCACCCCCUGCAGCCCCUCAGUCUGCUACAGAAGUGAACCAGGAUCCAGAUGAACCUGAUGCAACCAUCUCUUAUGCUUCAAUUAACCUCCCAAAGAACAACAAUCAGGUUUGGGGAAGUGAUGCAGCAGUGACUUACAGCGCCGUUAGAAUAGGAGAAUCACCUGAUCCAAGCCACCUUGAUCCAAGUUUUGCUUCUGUUAAAUAACCAAACUGGUAUUUUGGUUAGUUUAAUAGGAAAAAAGUGGAAUAAGAUUUUUAAAGCAACUUAAACACAAUACAUUAACUUUAUUUUUAGGGUAUAGACUUUGAAGACAGUUUCACACAUGAACUAUUUCAAUUUAAAAUGUAAAACUAUAUUAAAAAUGUUGUCUUAAAACACACAAUAAAAAAUGC